AGCUGACAGUGAGACAUCAUAAGGGAGUCAACAAGCCCUCAGUGCCUGCAGUGCAUUGCAGUCCUCACCAUUAUACAGCACACACCGAGAAACUCAGACAGACGAGACGGAAAACAGCCGAAUCAUGCUGUUCCUAACUCUACUUAUUGUGGCUUCAGCUGCAGCCACCCCUCUGCUGGGCACUGAGCAGUGUGCCCGCGGCGCCUCCUACUGGUGUCAGAAUGUAAAGACUGCUUCGCUGUGCGGAGCAGUGGCUCACUGCCAGCAGAACGUGUGGAACAAGCCCCAGAUGAAAUCGGUGCCAUGUGACCUGUGCAAAGAGGUGUUGAUGGUGGUGGAGCAGAUACUGAAGGACAAUGCCACUGAGGCAGAGGUUCUUGGGUAUCUGGAGAAGGCCUGCCAGCUUAUCCCUGAUAAAGAUUUGACCGCAGAGUGCAAGGAGAUGGUGGAUGACUACUACCCCAUUCUCAUAGGAAUAAUUAAAGGAGAACUGGAGGAUCCCAGUGCUGUGUGUGGAGCCAUGGGGCUGUGCCAGUCUCAGCAGCUUGCCCUCGCUAAGGUUCAUGCCAAGGAGCAGCUCGUGUCCAAUGAAAUCCCUCAGAUGGACCUCUCGCAGAAAGUGUCUCCAUUCCUGCUCAAUAUCCCCGCGCUCCUCUAUCCUCAGGAGAGCCACAGGCAGGAGGCCCCCAAACCAGAGACCCCAAAGCUGGAAAGUGACACUGUGUGCCAGGAUUGUGUCAAGUUCCUGACUGACGCUCAAGCAGAAGCCAGGAACAGCUCAACGUUUGUCGACUCUCUGAUCGAGAAUCUUGAGAACCAGUGUGACCUGCUGGGACCAGGUGUUUCUGACAUGUGCAAGCAGUAUGUCAGCCAGUAUGCCGCGUCUGUUAUUCAGGCGAUCAUGUCAAUGGAACCCAAGGAUCUCUGUGCUCAUGCUGGCUUCUGCGCUGCUAUUAAGAAGUCUAUCCCCAUGCUGAACCUUCAGGCUGCCAAGACCGUUCCUGCUGUGGAGACCGUUCCUGCUAUCAAGACUGUACCUGCGCUCAAGCUUUUCCCUGCCACCAAGCUCGAGUCUAAGCCUGCCAUGGUGCGCGUCCGUGAUACCCCAGGGUGUACCAUCUGUGAGUUAGUGAUGAAACAGUUGGAGUUGAUGCUGGAGGAGCAGGAAAGCCAGGAGGUGAUCAACGCUGUGGAGAAGGUGUGCAACUAUCUGCCCAGGGCUCUGUCUACCCAGUGUAAGGACCUGGUGGAGACCUACGGCCAGGCCAUCAUCGAGCUGAUGCUGCAGCAGGCCGACCCCAAGACCGUCUGCACACUGAUCGCCCUCUGCAAUGAUGCCAGCCGGACAUUUGUCACUGCACUCGAUCAGACCCGCUAUAAGGCUGGAGGAUACUGCCAGGUUUGUAAGAUGGCCGUCCGUUACAUCGAUGAUAUUUUGGAGAAGAAUGCUACGGAGGCACAGAUUGAGGAGGCUGUGAGGAAAGUGUGCAGCUUCCUGCCUUCCUCUUUCCAGACCGAGUGUGACCAGAUGAUCCAACAGUACGAACCAAUGCUCAUCCAGCUGCUACUCCAGAUGCUCGACCCCGACUUUGUGUGCAUGAAAAUGGGAGCCUGUCCUGAGGCAGUGCGCAGGCUGCUGGGAACAGAGCAGUGCAGCUGGGGUCCUGCCUUCUGGUGCAAGAACAUGGAGACAGCAACUCGGUGCAAUGCUGUUAAUCACUGCAAACGCCAUGUGUGGGUAUAAAUGAAGAGGAAGCACAAACCAACCAGUAGGGAAUCAAAUGAAAAAACACUGUAGUGCUGCUUCCCACUUUUAAUUUGUGUCCCUUUUUUUUUUUUUCUUAAAUAAAUGCAAUUAUGUAUAAAUUAACUUUGAUAUUUUGAAUGACGCCAUGGUGUAAAGGGACUGGAUAUUUGAUUUUUGUUUUCUGGGGGCUGGAGCAGAGGAGGAGCGACGGGGUCGGCUCAGCCUGUUACUACUUCACUGAGACCACAACGAUUCCCUGUCGGUACUUAGCUAUAUUGUUUGCCGGGUGUAAUGUAUGUAAGAAUGCAUGUCAUUGUUGACACAGCAUCAGACCCACCCACCAUCUGUAUUGAGUCCCCCCCCCCCCCCCCCGGAGAACAUGAUUGCGAUCAGGAGUGUCGCUCAGUGUGUUAAGAAUACCUGGCAAUACUUUUAGCAGUAUGUCAGAUCCUUAAACCAAUUUCUAUUUUGUAGACGCACUGUGUGUUGUUGUUGUUUUUAAGGAGCUGAUAUGGAGUUCAUUAAUGAGAAUGCAUACCCCCCCCCCUCUCAUCUCCCAUUGUUUGCUCUCUUCCAGCUGUUUGUAAAUCACUGUUUCUAAAUACAGAGCAUCUCUCUUAAUUCAUUUGUUGUCUGCCUCAAACCCUGAAACUGUCCCUUGAUCUGUACAUUUUAACAAUUAAAGUGACACCAAUCCA